AUGUUUCCUAAGAUCAAUAUCCUGAGUCGACACCCACAAUCAACACAGGAGAAGGAGGUAGUGAAAGGAAAUCCCGAGAAAAUGAUGGAUAGUACGUCCUCGCAUUUCCCCUCCUUUCCUCCACAUACCUCACGGCAUCCACACCCUCCUGUUCAAUCAAUCUUCGAGGCCAAAACUGAUACCAUGGCAUCAGUCAACCUCAACCUCAUCGCUGUGGGCUCAACUCGAGAAGAGAUAGGGGACCGUUUCAUCACUCUGAAUAAAAAUGUACCUUAUGUCGCUGUCGGGCGAUCAUCAAAGAACCCGGUCAAAGGCCUUGAGCCUUGCCGUAAGAAUGCCAUUUUCGAUUGCCCUAUAAUGUCAAGAGAUCACGCUCGCUUUGAAAUGGUUGAGACUCCGAUGAGUAUUGUGGUGAAGGAUCUAGGUUCCACACAUGGAACGUUCCUUCGUAAAGAAAGACUCGAGGCCCACAAACCUUAUACGCUUGGAAGUGGAGAAGAUAUAAGUUUCGGCGUUGAAGUAACCAAUGGACCACAGGUUCACUCGGCAAAGACCUUUCGAGUAUUCUAUAGCGCCAAGAUGAACAACCAGAUUCCUCCCAGUCUUCCUCGUGGCUUCCGUGCACCGGAGUAUGAGUCUGCCUCUGGCUCAGAUGACUCACGCGAGGCUUCCAUCCAGAUUCUGGAGAAGACCACUCACCAAUAUUCUUUGUGUUCUUCCGACGAGGAUUCUGACUCAGAUUAUGGAUACAGCGACUCUGAAGAAGACAGAGAGGUCUUUGACAAAGUCACUGAGCAAGUGUCUGCUGUGACGACUCCAGACUCGAAGCAGCCUCGUUCAGAGGAGCAACACAAAUCAAACAACGAUCAUAUUGCGGAUCUGAUCUACAAUUCAGAUAGAAUGGCCACGCCCCCACGGAGUGAUGAACAAACAGAAGCAACACAAAGCUGUCAGCCUGAGGUGCAUGAUAUCACUAGUGAAGACGGGGACAACAAUGACCUGCCCCAAGAAGAAGACCCCGUUGCAACCAGCACGAGUCGUCCUUCCCCUACCAUUCGUCCUCAAAACCCUCUAUCCGCCGUCUUGAACGAGAAGUCAGAUAGUUUCAAGGAGAACAUCGCCCCUGAACCUCGCACUGUUCCUGAAACACAGCCACAAGAUGUUAUGACUGAAGAAGAGGAAGAUACAGAUUUCGAUAUUGAGUGUUCUGAGUCUGAUUACGGCAGUUCUGAGCACGAAAGCGUCGACAUUCCCUGCUCACCGAAAGGGAAAGCAAACGCUACGUACCUCCACCCACAAGAACCCUUCAAGAGCCCGCAAGCUCCCGAGAAAAAGCCGCACAACCCUCUAUAUGGAGAUUCUUUCUACCGGCGCUCCCCUAGCCCCUCGGAUGCAGCAAUACCUCAGCGAAACUUUGGUCCGUCUGUGAAGAACAAUACACCUUUCAGCUGGCAGCAACAAGGAUUUGGCUUAGGUCCUUUUAAUUCCAGCUAUGUCAAUAAAAAUGAAAGCUGCAUCCAGUACCCGGAUAGCUGGAACACUUUCGGUCAACCAUAUGCGCCAUUUCCAGGCCAUCUCUCACAAGUCCAGCAAUAUGCUUAUCCUAGCGAGAUGACUUCCCUGACUCCUCUGAUCUCCGGGCCUGUGACUCAUCCUUCACAGGGUCUGAGCUUCGACACCUGUAGCUGGGAAGAUCCGUACCGAUCUGGCCCAUUUCAGCGUCGAAAAGAGGCUACCCCCAAAACAGAUGAGUCGAACAAGGCCCAUGAAGUGAACGCUUCAGCAGCAAAUCAUGGUGAAGCUUUGCGAAAAGAGAGCUCUCAAUCCCAAUUUCCACGUCUCCACAUCUCUGAUAUCAUCAAUGAAUCUCAUAGUGUGAACGGUACCCCAGAGCGCCCUCUGAAACGAAAGGCAGCCAUGAUUACGCAGGAUCCAGUUGAGAAAGAGCCUUCACCUGAUCCAUCCUCAAUCGCGGUUUCAGAACAGGAUCAAGUCCCGGAGACUGUAAUCCCGGAGACGAUUCUUCCGGAAGCCCAAGAUCAUAAUAUGAACUUGGAUCAAGCCAAUGAGAAUAUAAACCUUCUACUCGAAUCGACCAUGGAAAGCAUCAACUCUAUCCAGCCUGAGCGUCAUGAAGUUGCAACUGAAAACCAGCCACCACCACGGAAGCGCAGCCGAACAUCUUCCUCGACAAUCGGUGGUAUUGCUAAGUACAUGACUGCUGCCGCUGUCGGUGCUAUUGGCGUCCUCGCAGCUAUUGUUGCCACCGCUCCUAGCAGCAUUCAGGAGGAGGCUAUGCGGGAGAUGAUGAUGUAG